AUGGGAUAGUGCGUAUCAGACUCUAAAACCACAGCUGAAAGAUUUGAAGUCGAAAAAUAGUUCGAGGUGACAGUGGAUCCUGCUUUUUCAUAGAAAUGCCAGAAGCCAGAAGUUGAGAGACAUCUUUAAUAACGAUAAAAGAGAAAUAUCAGGCAGGGGCUUGGAGUAAAUGAUGAUUCUAAAUCGGUGAACAUUAUACAAUAUUGA